UCACUAACUAAAAAGAAAAAAACAAUUACUUUCGCACAUUUAAAAAUGGAUCUUGAUGACGUGUUGCACCAUGCGGGCGACUGGGACAGGUACCAGCAUCUGCUGCUGUGGUUAGUUUGUCUUCCUGCGUGCAUUCCGUGUGGUUUUGCCGCGUUCAACCAAGUGUUUAUGGACAGAAUGCCAGAGCACUGGUGCAAAGUUCCUACGUUGAUAUCCGCAGAAUGGACCGCAGAAGAUCGCAAGGCCGCCAGCAUACCUAAAUUGGAUACACUCUACAGUCAGUGCUUGAUGUACGAUUUAAACUAUACGGAUAUCCUGCUGGAAAUUGGUGGCAACAAAUCACUGGAUGAAGCCGCUAUUACGUCAUGCACAGACGGAUGGGAGUACGACAAAGUCGACGUCCCCUCUUCUAUCGUUAUAGAUUUUGAGUUAGUGUGUUCCAAAUCGCUUUAUCCAACACUCGGCCUCUCUGCACUCAACGUGGGUGGGUUGGUGGGUGUCCUACUCUUUGGAUAUCUCAACGACAGGAUAGGUCGGAAGAAAAACUAUUUUCUUUGUUUGACAGUGGAGAUUGUGUUUGGAAUUGCGACGGCUUUUGCUCCCAACGUCACCUGGUGGAUUAUCUUCCGUUUCUUUGUUGGCCUUACAAUUCCGGCUAUACUUCACAUUCCAUUCGUUAUAUGCCUUGAAGCUGUGGCUCCUUCUAAGAGAACGUUGGUCAGUUUCUAUUCGAAUAUGUUCUACGUGGUUGGAUUAAUGGGAUUCAGCGGACUUGCUUAUUCCACUACGCAAUGGCGAGUAAUUGCGCUAUCCACAUCCGUACCUUUUGUCCUCUACUUUCUCUAUAUUAUUUUCCUACCAGAAUCGAUGCGCUGGUUGUUGUCUCAAGGACGCGUUAAGGAAGUUGUCGAAAUGUUGAACAAAAUUGCCAGUAUUAACCGUAGAUACAUCCCAGAAGAGAUUUUGCAAAAAUUUACGGAAACAAUGGAACACCAACGUGAUCAAGCUGACUGCUUGCGCAACGGAAAGAGAGCAAAUUUACGAGACCUGCUUCAGACACCCAACAUGAGGAUGAAAACACUGAUCAUCUCACUGAGUUGGGUCGUGAACGAAACAACCUACGUGGGAUUGAGCUACUACGGCCCAUCGAUGGGCACCGAUCCUUACUUAAGUUUUUUCCUCUCCUCCGUUGUGGAAAUCCCGGGAUACAUUUUCUGUCUGCUACUUAUGGAUCGCUGGGGUCGUCGAAUGACGUUGUGUUCCUGCAUGAUUCUCAGUGGCGUGGCUGCGAUUUCGACGGCACUUCUUCCAACAGACGCGGAAAUGUUGACUCUGAUUCUUUACCUGAUUGCCAAGUGCACCAUUGCCGGUGGCACGAUGAUUAUCUUCCAAUUCGGUGGCGAACUAUAUCCGACCGAAGUGCGCGGUGUCGGGAUUGGGCUUGCCAGUUUCCUCGGUGGCAUAGGCCUAACCCUCAUUCCUUUCAUUAACUAUCUGGGUAAACAGUGGCUUGUGCUUCCCAUCGUGACGAUGGGCGCUUUCUCCGUUGCUGGAGGCAUCGUGACGCUCAAACUACCCGAGACGUUGGGUGCAAAAUUGCCUCAAACGCUCGAGGAAGGCGAGGAUUUCGGAAAGGAUUUUAAAGGAUGGGCGCACACGAUCCAACAAAUAUCGAGGUGACGUCAUCCAACUUUCAUUUUCAGCUCGUCUCUUAGUGUCUUUCUUUCUAUUUGUUUGGGACCCUAUCGAUAAUGUGUUUGGCUGAUGCAAAAUGAAAUGUGUGUACUUUGAUCCCUAGGAUAUUGCCCAAGAGCCUUAGGUGCCGGGAAAAACAACAAGAAGUCGUGAAUCUCGAACAAACCGGAAGCCAUCCAAAUGCUCCUUGCAUCGUUCCAUGCGAGCACGUUCAAGAUCAAGAAUUGUAGUGCUAUCAUACCGCCAAAGAACUUGCCAUAGCGUAACAGCACUCAUAAUAACACACAGCAUUUUGGGAAAAGCAAAAUCAUAUUUAUAAUUCAAGUUGUAUUGAUCCGAUUUAGACACACACGCAUUCAAAUGCAAUCACCCCAACAGCUUGUGUAGAUAAUAGACUGAUAGCUACAAAUGAAAAGCUUUUAAAAAUG